GAUCCCCGGUGUGCAGUAUACAGGCAGUAUCUGCCUCUGAGACGCAAUGGCUGAGCUGGCCUCAAUCUACCAGGGCAGGUUCAUUGAUCGAUCCCCAAGUAUUCGCUCUGCAGGGAAACUUUUCCCAGUUGGAGAGAGAGCAGCAAGCUGCUUGGUUGAAAUUCAUCCCAGGACUAACACCCCCCCUGUGGUACAGAAGUUUUUGAACACGAGGCGUCCAAAUCCUGGUGCUCGACGUUUAUUCUAUGGCAAGGCAAAUGAUUCACGUGUUGAGGACUACGUCACGCAUGGUGUCAGCACACGCCCUUCUUUAAGUGCUGGUGCCCUUAUUAACCUACCUCCCAAGACAUUCUUCCAGCAUAGACUAAACGACAGGAAAGAAGCCAUAUACACUAGCCAUCAGCAACGCCCCCUGGGAAAACAACCUGACCAAACAAAAGCUUUGCCUGCUACAAUAGAUCUCAAUGAAAUGACAUUUGGUCAGAAAAGUAAAAGAGAUAUAUCUGCCUCCACUAUUAUAAACCCUCCUAAAAGCUUUCAAGAACUGAAAGAAGAAUCUCAGAAGGGACACCAAUUGUAUGUUGUGACUCACAAUGAUUAUGAUGUAGGUGAACCAAAAGACAGGAAAUAUGACUGCACAACAUACCGAAAGAACAAAAGAUUUGGGAUUGAAACCCCCCAUUUUAAUGAUGGCAGGCAUGUUGCACGGUCCUUGCGGUGGCUUUAUGAAACCAAAAUGAAGGAACGUGCAAACAUUGUUCCUAAAGGGGUUGAUAAUUUCAGAGAGCGUUUCCAGCAUCAGCUAGGGAAGGUUUGUGACCCCAUUGCAGAUACAAUGAAGGUUCCACCAGAUCACACCUUUGGCAUUCCCACCCAGCAUGAAAAAUACGGCGUAAAAGAUGCUCUUGAUUUUACAACUGCUAAGAAUUUUCUGUGUGGGAGUGACAAGCACAGAGCCAUUCGGGCUGCUGUUCACCAACAUUUCAAGAGCACAAAUUAUGAAAACUUUGGUUUAUUACUGGAAGCCUUUAGGUAUUAUGACAAGAAUGGUAUUGGAAAAAUCACUAAGGAGGAGCUGAAAAGUACUUGUGUUCAGUUUGGACUGGAUCUGCAUAUCGACCUGUUUGAAUUUAUUCUCCAGUAUUGUGAAGUAGAUAAAGAUGGUCUAAUCAACUUUGCUGAUUUUAUUAGAUUUGUAAACUGGAAAGAUAAAAUGGCAGUUGAAGAACUGGAAGAAAGGUUGUACAGACACGGAAAAAAACAUGUGACUUGGUCUCCAGAUUCUUCUAUUAAAAGACACCAGGAGAGAACUGAUGAAUCAUCAGAAACUGAAUGUCCUAAAGAAGCAGCUUCUGAACAACCAUUAAAAAUACUGUCAAAAGUAGCAAAUGAAGCACUAGAUAAUUAUCGUACAACUUCAUCUCAGAUCAGCGCAGUUGUGGGCGGCCCAGGUUUCCAUUCGUAUCGCCCAUGUGGACUACCUAGUAUUCGCACGGAUAUUACUCCUCCUCAUUUUCGCAGACUAACUGAUAAAACAAAUUAUGGAGAUGAAUCCAGCGUCUUUGGGUUGCUUUGUCCAUCAGUCUUCUCCCAGCACAUGAUCUAUGAAGAUGAGUUUUUUAAGUCACGCUCAAAAAAGGAGAUUGCUCAAAUACUCAAUAAUAUUGGUGUGUUCAUUUCUGGUGAAGAUUUUGAAGAAUUGUGGCAAAAGGCUGCAAAGGAACAUCCGAAAGGAGAAGUAUCUGUUGAAUCAAUAAGAUAUGUGCUAGAUGCCAUGAAAGCAGAUACAAAAUGAAAUUUAAAGAACUAAAUUUUAGAUGUCUCCUUUUACUGUGUAUGAAUAAAAUAAAAACAGGCAUAAAUGCAUA